GGCUCUUCUAGGUAACAGGGAGAAGACAUUUUAAAGAAAUAUUAGGAAAUAAGGGAGUGGUUUUCUUUUACUGCUUUUAUGUUUGUAAUAUUUUAUUUUGGGAGGGAUGGGAUCUGGCCUUGAUUUUGCAGAGACUUCCUGUGCCCAGCCGGUAGUGUGUACUCCGUCAGGCAAAGAACCAGCAAUCACAACUUCUGCUACUGAUAAUGAUAACACUGAUAGAGAGAAGAUAAUGGUACCUCAUACUCCAGAGAUUUCAGCCUCUCAGGAAAAUGAAGUCAUCUCUGAGAUAAGGACAUCUAAGUUAGGCCAGCUAGAUCCUGCACCCUCUGAGAAGAAAUUCAAUAGAUUCCCUGUAAGCAAAAGAAAGAAGGAAGCUCAAGAUGAGAAAAUGGAGAAAGUCCAAGGUAGACAUGAGAAUAGACAGACAGACCAACUGAAGAAAAUGGUUCAAGAUCAUUCUCAGAUCAAAAAACAGCAAAAAGAAAAGCAAAGUGGUUUUGGUCAAUGUCUGAUUUGGGUCCAGUGUUCUUCCCCAAACUGUGAGAAAUGGAGGCGGCUGCAUGGGAAUAUUGACCCCUCAGUUCUCCCAGAAAAUUGGUCCUGUGACCAGAAUACAGACUUGGAGUUUAAUCGUUGUGAUAUUCCUGAGGAGACCUGGACAGGAUGUGAGAGUGAUGUGGCCUAUGCCUCCUAUGUCCCGGGAUCCAUCAUCUGGGCUAAGCAAUAUGGUUACCCCUGGUGGCCAGGCAUGGUAGAAUCUGAUCCUGACCUGGGAGAAUAUUUUCUUUUUGCUUCUCAUCUUGAUUCCCUUCCGUCUAAGUACCAUGUGACAUUUUUUGGAGAAACAGUUUCUCGUGCUUGGAUCCCAGUCAACAUGUUAAAGAACUUUCAAGAGCUGUCCCUGGAGCUAGCAGGAAUGAAAAAAUACAAGAACAAAGACUGCAGCCAGAAACUGGGGGCAGCCCUAAUGAUGGCUCAAGAGGCAGAACAGAUCAACAUUCAGGAGCGGGUUAACUUGUUUGGUUUCCGGACCCGAUACAGUGGAUCUAACAGUAGUGGGGAAGGAAAAGACUUAAUGCUCUCUGAGACAAACAACCCAGAUUCCUGCUGGGAGAAGGAGGAGGAGGAAGAAAAAGAAGAAGAGAAGGAAGAACAGGAGGAGGUCGAGGAAGAGGAGGAAGAAGGGGAAAAAUACCCAACUCUGUCUGGUCCCAAGUCAGUCAAAAUGCAGACAAAAAAAUUCAAGCCAAGAGGCAUGGCGAAUGGACGAGAUGGGACCUUGAAAAGGGAGACAGUGAAGAGAUCUUGGGGCAGUGAAUCCACAGCUCUUUCUGCACCCAUAAUGGGAAGGAAGGAAGGUCAAGAGAAUUCAGAUUCUGACCAGCGAGGCCCUAAGAAAAAAUUUAAAGCUCCCCAAAGCAAGGCCUCAGCAACCAGUUUAUCUGAGGAAAAAGAAUGCAGAAUGGUGCCACAGGGCCUGAGCCCACCAGCUCGUGAUGGGGCCUGUGCCUCAGCCAGGAAGGAAGGGCCUACACCCCAAGAACCACUGGCUCAGGAGGCUGGAAGUGUCCCUUCUGAAGAUGAAACCUCCAGUGACCUGGACCUGGAGCUACUCAUGGAAGAUGCUGGAAAAGAGCGGGAGCAGAGAGGGCCACCUCAGCACAGGGAU